AUGGCGGAGCAUCGACUAUCACAUGGAGAGAGGUUGGAGCGAGCACACUAUCCGCCGCGACGGCACGAUGAGCAAGCAAGGUCUUUGGCUUCCUUCUCGAGGGACAAAAGAGGUGCGCAACUUCAACCUCAAGAACCGAGUGAUGGAGAGGGACAGGUAGAAGCAGAACGGUGUGCCUAUCACCGAAUCUCAGGACACGAUACUGGAAAGUAUCGAGCUCUACAGCGCGCGGUGGUGAAGCUGAUUGUGGCAGGGAAAUCAGCCACGACGCGGGGCGAUGUAUUUUCGACGGCCAAAGAAGUUGGCACGAUUGCUGGAGGUUUCGGCGGAGGAGGGACCACUAGUGCAGCACGGAAGCGAUAUGUUAGAGCGGUGAAUGCAGUUACAGAGAUUCCUUUUGGUUUUCAACAUCCAGAUAUCAUGUUUUCGUCUGCUGAUCUCUUCGGAAUAAAGCCGCAUUUAGAUGACCCGAUCGUGAUCUCCCUCCGUGUUAAUCAGCUCACCGUGCAGCGAGUGCUUCUAGACCAGGGAAGCUCAGCGGACAUUAUUUACGGCGGAGCGUUUGCUCGGCUUGGUGUGGGCGAGGGAAACCUCACUCCCUAUGAGGGAACUCUGGUGGGAUUCGCAGGUGAGCAAGUAUGGGUGAAAGGCGUCCUCGACCUUGACACCACGUUUGGCGAGGAAGAGAACGCUAGGUCGCUCAGCGUCAAAUAUCUAAUCCUUGAGGCUGAGGGGUCAUACAACAUGAUCAUCGGGCGAAACACCUUAAACCAUCUGUGCGCCGUGAUCUCAACACCCCACCUGGCGGUGAAGUAUCCGCUGUCGAAUGGGAAUAUUGGGGGAAUUGUUGUGGAUCAAAGGGUCACAAGGGAAUGCUACUGUAAUGCUGUGGAUCGGUAUGGGAAGAAAAACGCUUCAGUCGAAAAACGCUUCAGUCGGGCACCGUUGCAGUGA